AUGUCUGCUGUCAACGACAUCGAAGCACUCCUCGACGAGGCCGCCCGCGACGUGGAGAAGAACCGCGAGCAGGCCGCCAACGACGAGGGACGCGAUUCAGACGCCCGCAAGGACGACCGAAAUGGUGACCGCCGUGACCGAGGCGACCGUCGCGACCGCAGCAGAGAUCGCGGUGACCGCCGAGGCGAUAGGCGCAGAAGCCGCGACCGAGACCAACGCCGACUAGAUGACAGCCGCCCCCGUUCAAGCAGAGGCGGUGACGCUGAUGACAGAUACCGCCGCAGCAGCUCGCGCGACCGAUACCGGGGUGGACGCAGGGACCGAGGCGGCGACUACUACAGUGGUGGAGGACGUGCUCGCUCACGCUCCCCGCGCGGUGAUCGAGGCGACAAGCCCCGUCGCGAGCGAGAAAGGUCUGGCGAUCGCCAACGUGGUGGUGAGGAGCGCAAGGGAGGCCGUCGUGAGAAGACCGCUACCCCAGAAGCUACAGAAGACGAUCGUGACAAGCGUACUAUCUUCGUCCAGCAGAUUUCCCAGCGUGCCGAGACACGCCAUCUCCGCUCCUUCUUCGAGACCAUUGGACCCGUUGUCGAGGCCCAGAUUGUCAAGGAUCGAGUCACUGGCCGCUCGAAAGGCGUUGGAUAUGUUGAGUUCAAGGACGAAGAGUCUGUUCCUAAGGCAUUGGAGCUGACUGGACAGAAGCUGAAAGGUGUUCCUAUCAUUGCGCAGCUUACAGAAGCUGAGAAGAACCGCGCUGCUCGGCCAUCUGAAGGAGGCGCUGCACCAGGCGCUAAUGGCGCACCAUUUCAUCGUCUCUACGUCGGUAACAUUCACUUUAGCGUUACUGAGAAGGAUUUGCAAGAGAUUUUCGAGCCUUACGGUGAGCUUGAACAGGUCAUCCUCCAGCGUGAUGAGAUGAACCCCGGUCGAUCGAAGGGUUACGGUUUCGUUCAGUUCGUUGAUCCCAAUAACGCUAAAGAUGCCUUAGCAGAGAUGAACGGCUUUGAGCUCGCUGGCCGCCAGAUUCGAGUCGGACUCGGCAACGACAAGUUUACUCCCGAAUCAACUGCAACCCUACUCCGCACCUUCAACCAACAAGCGCAAAGCUACCAGGGUUCCGCUUUCAGUGGCGCCGGCGGCCGUGGUGCUUAUGCUGGUGGUUCUGGUGGCGUUUUUGAUCGCACACACAGCAAGGAUGAUCGUGGCGUUAGCGGUGCUUCUGCUCUUGACGACACCGAUGUUGCUGGAGUCAAUUUCAAGACCUACGAUCGUUCAAAGCUAAUGGACGCGCUAGCUCGUCGUGAUCCAGCAGAGAUUGCGAAGCAGGGUGCUGCACCGGUUAUCAGCAAGCCUCGUGCGCCUGUUGUCGACAAGCCUAUGGCUUCCAAGUGCAUCAAAAUCGAGAACGCAUUCGAUGCUGACGAGGAGCAGAAGAAUUGGGGCAACAGCUGGGUUAAGGACCUAGAGUCAGAAGUCAGAGUCGAGUGUGAUAAAAAGUACGGCAAAGUUGUUCACAUCGCUGUCGACCCAAAUACCGAAGGCGAUAUCUACGUCAAAUUCGACUCGGUAUCUGGCGGUGAGAAAGCUCUGCAAGGUCUUAACGGGCGCAGUUUCAACCAUCGUACGAUCAUGGCCUCUUAUGUUGUCGACAAGAUCUACAACUCGCUUUGGGGCGCCGCUGCCAGCAGGUUCUGA